ACGUCAUAUGAUUCUCGUAGCGCUUCCUGAAUAGCGCCGCAGAUGCCAUAGAAAACACUUCACACUUUCAUACCUUUUGUAACUGAGCUUGUGUCAGAAACGAAAAUGCAGAUUCUGAUUUGGCUUUCUUUGUUUGCUGUCGGAGCAAUGGGUGGGAAGUACUCGCAAGAAAUGAAUGAACAAAAGGCAUCUGAUAAAAACAACAACCAGGUGGAAUUCAGGAUUGCCAAACUAAAUCAGGUUUGGGAAAAGGCGAUACGAAUGCAGCUUGCACCGGUGAGACUCUCAGAACUCCACAGUGACCUGAAGAUCCAAGAGAAAGAUGAACUUCAGUGGAAAAAACUGAAAGCAGAAGGGAUGGAUGAGGAUGGAGAGAGAGAAGCCAAGCUCAGACGCAAUUUUAAUAUUAUUUUAGCAAAGUAUGGAAUGGAUGGGAAAAAAGACACCCGGACACUGGACAGCAACAGACUGAAAGAUCAUGAUGUUAAAGAGGGAGACACAUUUGAAGACCCAAGGCUGGACAAGCUGUGGAACAAGGCUAAGACUUCUGGAAAGUUCUCUGACGAGGAGCUCCAGACCUUGCAGAGAGAAUUCCGGCACCACAAAGACAAAAUCAAUGAGUACAACAUUGUCAUGGACACUGUCAGCCGGACAGAAGAGAUCCAUAAGAAUGUAAUCAGUCCUCUGGAGGGUGACAUGAAGGACGAUGUUCUCCAUCAGAAACACGCAGAUCUGAAGCAGAGGAUGAGGUACCUUAACCAGGGCUUUGAACGACUCCGCAAGAUCACCCAUGAGGGUUACAGUGCUGACAGUGAAUUUAAGGAGCCACGAGUCAUCGAACUUUGGGAGAUGGCAAAAAGAUCGAAUCUCAGUGAAGAUGAACUUGACUCUCUUAAAGAAGAACUUAGACACUUUGAAACAAAGGUGGAGAAGCACCAGCACUAUCAGGAGCAGCUGGAACUGUCUCAUCAGAAGCUGAAGCAUGUGGAGGCCCUGGGAGACGAAGAUCACAUCAUGAGAAACAAAGAGAAAUACAACACUCUUGCUGAGAAAGCGCGAGAAAUGGGUUACAAGAUGAAGAAACACUUGCAGGACUUGACGAAUAAGAUUUCCCGAAAUGGAUUGCAACACAAUGAACUCUGAAUACCAUUUUUGUAAUGAUGACAGCACUACUGUUAGCUAGAACUGGUCAGAGGUCACACAUGCUGUAUUCCAAAAUAUUAGCCAACACAGAUGGGCCAGGGUUAUAAAGGUAGGGCAUUUUGUACGUGAAAUUAACAUUUUCAUUGGGAAGCCAGACUACAUGAUCGUUUUAUUUUAAACAGUACUGAGCAGUGAUGACUUCUGCUUUUGUUGGUUAUUUCCCGUUUUCUUUGUGAAGCGAAUGGCUACAAGCUGAUUUAGCCAAAACGCGGUUGCAUGUUGUUCACAUAGUACUAUUAAUUUUGCACAUUGUUGUGGCUUAAUUAUUUAACACAAGUUGCUAAACAACAAAUGCACAAAGAAAUAUGUGUAGCAUCCCACAAAAACUGGGUGCAAAAUAAUUCAACAUUCCUCCACAACAUGAGCACAGAGAAUAACCUGACACAUAAAAAAAAAAGCUCUCUAGGGUUUUCAGUAUGAACAGUUCCUAAUCAGUAAUUCUGGUUUGGCAAGGCAGACCUCGAGUCCACUAUGAUAUUGACUGGAUCUCUAAAUAGCACUGGAUACAAAGCCCAUCACCGUGAUUGACAGUGUGUUCCCAAGGUAGACUUCAACAUCCUCACUGUUUAAACAGUUCCAUCAGUUACACGUUUGAGAUUUGUCAUAGAAAUUCUAAUAUAAAUUUGCACUAAUUCUUUCUAAUUGUACUGUUAUCACUAACUAGUAUGUGAUUUAAAAUCCUCAUAUUCAUAAAAAUAUGGUAAUCCAGCAUUGUAAUUAAUUAUCAUGAAUUAUCAUUUGUACAAGUCCACAUUCUGCUCAUUUCAUGGUACACUUUUCAUAAUAAAACAAACUUCCAAAGC